AUGGAUGGAGAACGAAAUAGUAGUGAUGAGAACCAUACUGUUGAACCGUCUUCCACUUCAGAUAGUGAGAGCACACCAAGGCUGCAAAAGAAGGCUGGCCUGUUUGACACAGCAAUUAGGAAGCUUAGCAAUAGCCUGCUUGUGCGACGGAAAAGAUCGGCAAAUGUGGAGCCUAAAUCCGAGGAAAGUGCGGCGCAAUCAAAUACAAUACAGUCAAUAGUGGGGGCAGCUGCAUCUCUGGACACGUAUGUUAACGGUUCAGAGACAUCUGCGGUCGGUGAUAACGAUCAGGUUACCCUGGAUGCUGCGUCGUUACUAUUUAGUGAGCCGCCAAGAAAACAAUCCAACAUGAUGUCGCUGCUGGUCGGGAUAUUUGUUGCUGUUGGCGGGUUUCUGUUUGGCUACGAUACCGGGUUGAUCAACAGCAUAGCAGAGAUGAACUACGUCAAGGAACACCUGACACCGAAUCGCAACGCAUUCACAACAAAGGAAAUGGCCAUCGUUGUGUCGUUCUUGUCGAUGGGCACGUUCGUGGGGGCUUUAAUGGCACCAUUUUUGUCCGACUCGUGGGGAAGGAAAAAGACUAUAAUUGCCAGUACUGUUGUUAUAUUCUCAGUUGGGAACUCGCUCCAGGUCGGUGCGGCAAGUAUGACCUUGCUGGUCGUCGGUAGAGUUGUUUCAGGGCUGGCUAUAGGGGUUAUAUCGGCAGUGGUUCCGCUGUACCAAGCAGAAGCAGCAAAAAAGGAGCUAAGAGGUGCCAUUAUUUCCACAUAUCAGUGGGCAAUCACUUGGGGAUUACUUGUGUCGAGUGCAAUAUCACAGGGUACUUACAAAAGAAAUGACCCCUCCUCGUAUCGAAUCCCUAUUGGGUUACAAUACGUCUGGUCCACAAUCCUGGCUGUUGGCAUGUGCUUUCUGCCGGAAAGUCCAAGAUACUUUGUUUUAAAGGAUGAUCUUGAUUGUGCAGCCAAGUCUUUGGCGUUUCUGAGGGGAGUCCCCGUGCAUGAUUCGGGAUUGCUGGAAGAACUUGUAGAGAUCAAAGCUACAUUCGACUACGAGCGGUCCAUUGGUUCGUCCUCCUUCUUAGACUGCUUCAUUUCGAGUAAAAAACGACCUAAGCAGACUUUGAGAAUGUUUACUGGGAUUGCCAUCCAGGCAUUUCAACAGUUUUCAGGCAUCAAUUUCAUAUUCUACUAUGGAAUCAACUUUUUCAGGAAAUCUGGGAUACAAAACAGUUAUAUCAUCUCUUUUAUCACGUACGCGGUAAACGUUGCUUUUAGUAUCCCGGGAUUGUUUCUAGUAGAUCACCUGGGUAGGAGAAAGGUUUUGAUAUACGGUGGUAUCGGCAUGACUGUAUCCAACUUUAUAGUUGCCAUCGUUGGAGUUUCCACCAAUUCUGUUGUUUCGAGCAAUGUAACGAUAGCGUUUAUCUGUGUCUUUAUUGCAUCUUUCUCCGCCACCUGGGGCGGUGCUGUGUGGGUUAUUUCUGCUGAAUUGUACUCGCUUGGUGUCAGAGCAAAAUGCACCGCUAUAUGCGCAGCUUCCAACUGGCUUGUAAACUUCGCAUGUGCCUUUAUGACACCGUACAUUGUGAACAGACGAACAAAAGACUCGUCGAGCAUGGGGGCCAAAAUUUAUUUUAUUUGGGGUAGUCUGAAUGCAUUGGGGCUAUUGGUUGUUUACUUGACAGUUUACGAAACCAAGGGGCUACGGCUGGAGCAGAUUGACGAGCUGUAUAAAAACAGUCCGAAUAGUCGUGCCUCUACCAAAUGGAAUAAGAUUAUUAGGGGGCAGGGUCCGUUAAAUAAAAUAUUUGAAAUGAGUUCGGGGGACAGUAGUGAAACAAAUACACCGGGGGCAAGUUUGAAUGAGACAAAUACGUCAAAAUAUCAAAACCAAUCACACAUAAAUGAGACCGGCUUUACCAUGGAUGAUUUAUCCAGGUAUGAGGUAGGAAAUGAAGAUCGUUCUGUGCCUUUGGUCACAGCCGCCCCAUCUAGUCCAACAGUUGUGGAUACGGCCACGACCCUAACAUCAGCGGAACAGUUACCGAGAAUGAACAGUACGUCUAUUUCGCUUGUACAAAGCUCGGUGCCUAGCACCAGUAAUUUUAUCGACUUGGGGAAUGGACUACGUUUGAAUACGUAUCGGAGGGGACCUCCUUCUAUUUCCAGUGAAUCCAAUGAGGAUGAGGGCAGUUUGCAAGAAUACGAUGGACCCAUCCUCACUCCACAUAGUAGCGACUAUCGGCAUCACAUGGAUAUGAUCAAUGGGUACCUAUCGCACACUGUGGAUCAGUCUAGCAAUUCCAACAGUCAGUUGUCUUCGAAUGGAACUCACAUAUUUAUGGACAAUGGCCUAAGUCUUCCGUUGCGGAGCAGUCACCCCCAAUACUGA